GUUGCUGUUAAGGGUAUCGAAAGAGAGCUCAUCUGCCCAGCAUGCAAAGAAUUAUUCACCCAUCCAAUGAUCCUUCCUUGCCAGCACAAUGUCUGUCACAAAUGUGUGAAAGAAAUUUUCUUUGCAUUUGAAGACUCUUCCGCUGAUGGAGGCUCUGAGUCCUCUAAUCAGAGUAGCCCUCGAAUUAGAAUCUCUUCUAGCAUGGACAGAAUUGACAGAAUUGGUAGAUCAGGCAUAAAACACAAUUCGCUGACUCAUCGAUUGAGUCUGUUUCGUUGUCCACAUUGUGAGAGGAAUAUUGAUCUCGGAGAACGUGGCAUCAAUGGCUUAUUUCGCAACUUUACUUUGGAAGCUAUUGUGGAAAGAUACAGGCGAGCAGCUAGGGAAGCCGUUGCGAUUAGGUGUGAUUUCUGCAAACCUCCACCUAAAGAGUCCACAAAGAGCUGCGUGGACUGCAAUGCAAACUAUUGCAACAAGUGUUUCAAAGUACACCAUCCUUGGGGAUCUUUGAAAGCCCAGCAUGAAUCUGUAGGACCAACCAUGAACUUCCGACCCAAGAUUUUGAUGUGUCCAGAACACGAUAUGGAGAGAGUAAAUAUGUACUGUGAAAUCUGCAGAAGGCCUGUUUGUCAUCUUUGUAAACUGGGUGGAAGUCAUGCAAACCAUAGGGUAACAAACAUGAGCACUGCCUACAAAACCCUGAAGGAAAAGCUUUCAAACGAUAUUGAGUACAUUAUCAGUAAGGAGAGCCAGGUGAAAGCUCACAUCACACAGCUGGAUCUGCUGCUGAAAGAAACAGAGUGCAACAGUGAAAGGGCUAAAGAAGAAGCAUCUCAGAGUUUUGAGAAAUUGUCUUGUGUCCUGGAAGAGAAGAAAUAUGCAGCUCUUAAGGCAAUUGAAGCUUCUAAGAAUUUAAGGCUGGAAAAAUUGCAAAUGCAAGUGGAAGAAUAUCAAGGGCUUCUGGAAAACAAUGGCCUUGUAGGAUAUGCUCAAGAAGUGCUUAAAGAAACUGAUCCGUCUUGUUUUGUUCAAACAGCAAAACAACUUCAUGUCAGAAUCCAAAAAGCUACUGAAUCUCUGAGGAGCUUCAGGCCAGCAGCUGAAACUACUUUUGAAGAGUUUGUUGUGGACAUAGCAAAGCAAGAAGAGAUCCUUGGUGACUUGUCCUUCCAUUCCAAUGGUCUAGAAAUACCAGAAAUCAAUGAAGAGCAGAGCAGAAUGUACAACGAAGCUCUGAUCAGUUGGGAAUGCCCUGGGAAGACAGACUCAGCUGAUAUCUAUGUUCUUGAGUAUCAUAAGCUUAACAGAGAAGAUGAGAGUGCGAUGUGGCAGGAGAUUGAAGUUUGCAACAAGAGCAAAGUAAUAGCUGAUCUUGAUGAUGACAGCAGCUAUGCCUUCAGAGUUCGAGGACAUAAAGGGUCCAUCUGUAGCCCUUGGAGCCGAGAAGUUAUUUUGCGUACACCCCCAGCUCCAGCAGGAAGAACCUCUGUUGAAAGUAGGGCUGGAUUUCCUCUACUGCUGGGAUCUGAGCGCAUGCAGGUUGGAUGCUACACAACCCUGGAUUACAUCAUUGGUGACAAUGGCAUUUCCAAAGGGAAGCACUUCUGGGCUUUUCACGUGGAAGCCUAUUCAUACCUGGUGAAAGUGGGAGUUGUUUCUAGCAACAAGAUACAGAAAUUGUUCCAUAAUAGCCAUGAUGUGACCAGCCCAAGAUACGAGCAAGAUAGUGGUCAUGACAGUGGGAGUGAAGAUGCCUUCUUUGACUCAUCGCAGCCUUUCACACUGGUCACUUUAGGCAUGAAUAAGUUCUUUAUCCCCACGACACCAGCUGCCCCCAAGGAUCCAGCAAGCAGAAUCCUUCCCCUGCCAUCAUGCUUGGGCAUCUGCCUUGACUAUGACAAAGGCAAAGUGGAGUUUUACGACGCAGGCCGUAUGAAAUGCCUUUAUGAGUGCGAGGUGGACUGCUCUGCCAUAAUGUACCCAGCAUUUGCCUUAAUGGGUGGUGCUGCAGUUCAUCUUGAGGAAGCUGUCACAGCAAAGCACGGGGAGUACCAUGAUGACAUCUAG